UUAAGGCCAACAACACAGACAUGCUGAGCAGUCGCGUUGGUUCAUGGUUUCCUACCGGCUUUUCCUCCUCCUCCUCCUCCUCCUCGCGUCUCUUCGUUCGUUGAUUCGUCUGCAUUCUCCUCUUCCCUCUCCUUUACCUUCUACCUUGAAAUCUUCCCUCUAUUCUCUUUGUAUUUAAUGGAAUAUCAUAUGUGAUCGAAAUAUAAAGUGUAUUGUAGAGGGGAAGUAAAAGGAUUCGUAAAGCUAACAAUUACUUUUCUAGUAAAUUUCUUUUUCAUCUUCCUUCAUUCCUUAAAAUCUCAAAAAGAUCACACCAAUCCUAUACAUAUCCAUUCACCUUUCGCUAUUGCAAGUAAGCUCCUGGGAAGAGGAAAUGGCUUUUAAUCUUCGGUCUGAAACGCAAGAGCCCAGCAUCGAUACCGAUAAGCUCAGCUAUGAAAUCUUUUCCAUCCUGGAGAGCAAGUUUUUGUUUGGCUACGAUGAUCAGAAGCUUUGGAUUCCUAAACAGAUUUCUCCCGCCGCCGCCGCCACCGUCGUUGAAGAGAAUAAUAAAAACGAGGUCGUUUCGACGUCGCCCCGAGGAGAAAUGGUCGACGGAAACGGCGUUCAGGCGAUAAAGAAUCAGAGGGGGAAGAUAUGCAUCCUCAGCAUCGACGGUGGUGGAAUGCGGGGCAUCGUAGCUGGAAAAGCCUUGGCUUAUUUGGAAAAUGCGUUGAAGCUAAAAUCGGGCAAUCCUGACGCUAGAAUCGCUGAUUAUUUCGACGUCGCCACGGGCUCCGGCGUCGGAGGUAUCUUUACCGCCAUGCUCUUUGCCACCAAGGAGCGAGGACGCCCGAUUUUCCACGCGGAUGAUACGUGGAAAUUCUUGGCCGAGCAGGGUAAGAAAUUCUACCGCUCCUCGAGUUCGAGCUCCAGCGGAGGCGGCAGCUUUCUCAGGCGUGCUUUCCGAGGCGGAGGAGGCGGCAGCGCCACGGCCGCUUCAUCAGCGGCCUUGGAGAAGUCGAUGAUAGAGGCGUUUGCGGACAAAACGGGGCGGAGCUUAACGUUGAAGGAUACGUUAAAACCCGUACUGAUUCCCUGCUACGAUUUGUCCAGCACGGCGCCGUUCGUGUUCUCACGAGCCGACGCGCUGGAGACAGACAGCUUCGACUUCCGGCUCUGGGAGGUCUGCCGAGCGACGUCGGCGGAACCGGCGGCGUUCGAACCGGUAUGCCUGAAGUCCGUAGACGGACAGAGUCGUUGCGUGGGGGUGGACGGGGGAUUGGCCAUGACCAAUCCAACGGCGGCGGCUAUAACCCACGUGCUUCACAACAAACAAGAGUUCCCGUUCGUGCGGGGGGUGGAGGACAUUUUGGUACUUUCACUAGGUACCGGCCAGCUCCUGGAAGGCAGCUUCGGGUACGAGCAAGUGAAGAGCUGGAAGGCCAAGGACUGGGCUCGUCCUCUGGCUCGCAUAUCCGGAGACGGCUCGGCUGACUUAGUCGACCACGCCGUCGCCAUGGCUUUCGGCCAGAGUCGCAGCAGUAAUUACGUCCGUAUCCAGGCAACCGGAUCCAGCUUUGGGCGAUGUGGGGCGAAUACAGACUCCGACCCGAGUCCCGACAACGUAAAAUUGCUGGUGAAAGUAGCAGAUGAAAUGCUGAAGCAAAAGAAUGUAGAGUCGGUGCUCUUCAAUGGCAAGAGGAUUGGAGAGCAGAGCAAUUUGGAGAAACUGGACUGGUUCGCCAGUGAACUUGUGCUAGAGCAUCAGAGGAGGAGCUGCAGAAUAGCUCCCACUGUUGCUUUCAAACAAGCUACAUUAGCAGACCAGGAUGGCCCCAAACAGUAGAUAAAAAGUACUACUUAACUGUAUGUAAACGUGUGUGAAGUCGGGAAAGGAACGGAAGAAGGAAGGCAGUGAAAGCAGGUUUCACUUUUGAAAGAGAAGACAGAAAGGCAAGGUGGGGGGUCAAAAGGAUUUGAGAACUCUCGAGUAUCAACUACUACUAGUAAUAAGUAGUGGAUGAUCUUGGUGGGAUUCUUUUGCCUGCCCAAGGACAGGCAUUUGAUGGCAAUUGGACAAACUCCAAAAUGCUUAUUUGCUUAGGGUCAAAGAAGAUUGAAAUACUCUUGUAUUACACUUUAUGUUUUGUGUCCUUGUAGUUCAAGUGAGGUUUUGCGGGGGCCAGGAAACUUGUUUUCCUGGGAUUUCUUUUCACUUUCCCCUCUUUCUUUUCCUUUUCCUUUUCCUUUUUAUCUUUUCGUUUCUGGUUUUCUCUCUGUUUUGGGGUUUACAAAUAUUUUGUCUUCUCGUCCUAGUGCUGGUGGUGGACACUGGUGCCAAAGGAGCAACAUACAUAUACACUCCUGCAUGGGACUUGCUGCCAAAGUUCUGUGUCUAAUCUUUGGCCCUUUUUUCCAUUUGAUCUGAAUCUUUAAUCUACUGUAAAUUUAGUGGUGGAGAACUGAUUGGCAGUGGGUAUCAAUCUCCUUCUCCUUCAUUACAAGUUUACAACCAACCAUUUGCAUAUAUAUAUAUAUAUAUAUAUAUAUGCACGUACAGAGUAGUAGUAGUAGUAGUUGCAUUUAUAAAUGGAGUGGGGUUCUGGACCCUCUUUGUUGAAGGUUCAAAUUGUUGAAGAUGUUGGAUUCGUUUUAUAAGCUCCUUCUCCCAAACUGGCACCUUAGAGUUCUUUUACGGUUUAGUAUUUUUGGCAAAAGGAAGUUUUUGUUCUUUUUUAGCCUCAUGAUAUUAUCCAUGGUUUAUGUUAUAAAUAAAAAUCAGGGUGGUUGGCUUGGCUGUCUA